GGAGAGUUUUGGAUUUACCUUUGGGGUUGGGGAUUUCUGGGAGUUCCUUCAUCAGCUCUCUGUUGCCUGCAGCCUUUCUAGAUCAGGAUAGGCUGCCUCACUGCAGAGCUGAAGCUAAUUCGAGUCGGCCUACGACAACCAGCGAGGGCACUCUUACCCAUCCAUUUCUGUGCCUGAACUUCUUCCCUGGUUCAUUGUUUUCCGGUGGGGUUGUUCUGAAGUUGCCACAUGAAUCAGCACAAGGCAUCAAACGAUUCCCCUCCUGAACCCAGGCAGAGGCAGGGCGCGGUAGCAAAGGAUCCAAUUGCUGCUAGAAAAGUCCAGAAGGCAGACCGUGAGAAAUUGAGAAGGGACCGUUUAAAUGAGCAGUUUAUUGAGUUGGGUCAAACUCUAGACCCUGAUAGGCCUAAAAACGACAAGGCCACGAUUUUGACCGAUACAGUUCAAGUUCUCAAGGAUCUAACAUCUGAAGUAAACAGACUCAAAGCCGAGUGUUCUGCCCUCACAGAAGAAUCCCGUGAGCUUCUGCAAGAAAAGAAUGAGUUGAGGGAGGAAAAGGCAUCGCUUAAGUCUGAUGUUGAAGCUCUGAACAUGCAGUAUCAGCAGAGAUUAAGAGCCAUGUUCCCCUGGGGUCCCGUUGAUCCUUCUGUAAUUAUGGGAUCUCCUUAUUCAUAUGCAGUCCCUGUACCAGUGCCUCCUGGUUCAAUCCCCAUGCAUCCACCAAUGCAGCCAUUCCCCUUUUACAGAAAUCAACCUCCAUCCAAUCCUGUUCACGGUACUUGCCCGACUUUUAUUUCAUUCCCGACUCCUCCUAACCCUCCUAAUGAACAGCCAUCGGCUCAAAGCGCCUCUACCUCCCAUGGCUCGAGCAAACCAGAUCCCAGAAGCAAGUUGGUAUGCCACCCUGGGGAUAGCCAUAUUGAGGAAUGCUGUGAUGACUCGGGUGAAGUUGCAACUGAACUUGUACUUAAAAUGCCUGGAUCGUCUUCUCAGCAGGCAGCUGUAGAAAGGAAAGGCAAGCAGAGGAAGGAAAAGGAGAACUGUGUUGUUUCUUCUAGCAUUAGUUCUUCCCCUCAUGUCGCUCAUGAUUACUCGUCUAAUAGCAUCGGUGAUGCAGCAUCAUCUAAGCCUUGAGAUUUCUGGCUGUGUAAUUGGAUUUUCACAUAGCUAACCACAUAGAGAGGCAUGUCCUUAUACCGAGUCCUGGGAGCAGAAUCAGUCUUUAGUGUUGGUUGUAACUUGAUGGGAUCUCUUCCCAGUUGGAUAAUGGGCUUUGACUUCAAUUGCUAAGUGUUGUAUGCACACUUAUGAAGCUAAAAGUGAGCAGCCGGGAUGAGCUUGCGGGCGAAGAAAGAAGAAGCCGUGGAUGGGAUGCUUUCUGUUCUCCAAAAUGGUAGGUUUGGUGUGUGUAUAAGGGGUUGGUCUAGUCACUAGUGCUUUACCUUACUGUAAUAUGAUUAGUCUUGAAUUUGAAGGUCUCAAGUUAGAAUAAUUUAAGUAGCACCUAAUAUCAAAAAGUAAAACUAUAAGUAGGUUUAGUGUGUGAACAAGUGCUUGGUUUAGUGUUGGUAAUAUGAC